AUGUGGGUAACUUUCGCCCCGGAGACGUCCAACUUCUCACCGGGGAUUCCGGAUCCGUGCCCUGCCAAUGUACACGUCGACUACGAGGAUGCGAGAAAUUUUGUCUAUGCGUACGCUUACGAUUGUGCCUAUGCAAUUCAAUGGGAAGGGAUGCAGAUGGGAGCGCUCGGCCUCCUGGUCUGCUUGAUCGCCCUCGGGUACCUGGUUCGAUCUAAAAAACUAAACUACGGCGGCAAAGUGCUGCACAUUGGAUAUUUGCUUUGUUGUGUCUACACGCACCUCAACUAUUUUUAUCGUAUCGACUGCAUUCUACGUUUUGACCCCGCUCAAGCUGUGAAUAAUCAUACCUACAACAGCUUCCCCUGCCUAAACGUUGAUGGCUAUCCAUUUUGCGGAUUCAUGCUGAACAUUAUAUCGACCUCCCUAGUCGAUUCGCUCAACUACACCCAUUACGCAAUGAUAUUCAUCGCGCCCGUAAAUCGUUUCAUCGAGCUUGGCAGUACCUUAAAAUGGAAGAAGUAUCUCCUCGUCACUCGGCCAAUCCUUCAAGUUUUCUUGCUAAUUGUCCUCCCGGCAUUGCCAUUCUAUGCGAUGAUUGGGCGUGCUCUCUUUUUCGCGAUUGCUCCUCAUACCCUUGCGUUUAUCCUCCUUUUUAUUAUGAUAAGAAAGACUGGGGUCAAGAGUCUAAAAUCUGCAUUGACCCCUAGGAAUGGUGAUUAUGUCCUGCAGCAGAUGCUCAUCUCCCAGCUUCUCCUCUUCCUCGUCUGGCUAAUCCAAUCGGCCUACGGUCUAUUCUACUACCACCCACCCACCGCCAUCAUGGAGCAAUUCGUCUUCCAAAUGGCCGGUCCGGUGCUGUUGACCAUUGGAAAUCCAAUUAUCCUGAUCUACUUCUACUGGUCGAACGCUGGCACUGGACUCGCGAGAACA